GCGAAACCCGGAUUAAGGGGAAGAAACAGCAAGGAAGUUCCCGUCUUGGGCAACCGGAUGAUGUGGCUGGGAGGUGGGGCUGUUUUUUUCUACUUCGCUGGAUCGGAGCGCGAAACACGCAAAGACCUGCGCCGCUUCCUUAAGAAUCAAAAAUGACCAAUUCCAUAACACCUUCUACCUAUGUACGUUCCCUUGGCUACGGAAUGAUGAGACAACUGGCAGAUUUCAUUGAUCCACAAGAAGGAUGGAAGAAAUUAGCUGCUGAUAUAACUGAUUUAUCUGGUGCAAAACGAUACAACCAAAUGCAAAUAAGGCGAUUUGAAGCAUUAAAACAAGUAGGAAAAAGUCCCACCUGUGAAUUACUUUAUGAUUGGGGAACAUUAAAUUGUACAGUAAGUGAUUUGAUGGACCUCCUCAUCAGAAAUCAGUUCUUGACACCAGCAAGUCUUUUGAUUCCAGAUUCUGUAAUCACUGAAAAUAUGAGCCUGUCUCUAUCUUUACCAGAAACUGUACUUCUACCUAAAAAAGGACCUUUUGUAGAAGGCAAGAAAAUACCACCUGAAUGUUUACCCUUGGAUCCAAAUGAAAGUCACCUAACAUCAAAUAGUUGUGAUCUGAGUUCAGAGAACAGCAGUCACCUUAAUGAUACAGGAUUGAAAAACUUCUUGUUUUAUGAGCUGAAAAGUAUCACAAAUAACUUUGAUGACCAAACUGUGUCAGCCGGUGGCAACAAGAUUGGCGAAGGAGGCUUUGGAGUGGUUUUCAAAGGGUGCAUCAAUGGCCAAACAGUGGCAGUGAAAAAACUUACAGCUUUGGCUGAUAUAAGUAUCGAAGAGCUGAAAAAACAAUUUGAGCAAGAAUUAAAGAUUAUGGCAAAGUGCCAACAUGAGAACUUAGUAGAAUUGCUUGGUUUCUCAAAUGACUUUGAUCAGCCUUGCUUAGUAUAUGAUUAUAUGCCUAAAGGCUCCUUGCUUGAUAGAUUAGCUUGCCUGGACAACUCUUCACCAAUACCAUGGGAAACAAGAUGCAACAUUGCGUACGGAACAUCAAAUGGAAUCUCCUUCUUGCAUGAAAAUAACCACAUUCAUCGAGAUAUUAAAAGUGCAAAUAUCUUACUAACAGAAACAUUUGUACCAAAACUUUCUGACUUUGGGCUUGCAAGGGCAUCGGUAAGAUUUACACACACUAUUCUAACAGAUAGAAUAGUUGGGACAGCAGCUUAUAUGGCUCCAGAGGCAUUAAGAGGGGAGAUUACUCCUAAAUCGGAUAUUUUCAGUUUUGGCGUGGUAUUACUCGAAAUAAUAACUGGGCUUAGUCCUAUGGAUGAAAAUCGGGAUCCCCAGUUACUGCUGUCCAUCAAAGAGGAAAUUGAAGAUGAAGAAAAAACUAUUGAAGAUUAUGUUGAUAAAAACAUCAGCAAUUGGAACAUCACCUCAAUUGAACAUAUGUAUUCAAUUGCUUCCCCAUGUCUGCAUGAGAAGAAGAACCGGAGGCCAGAUAUUGAAAGGGACUGACGUCCUUGUUGCAGG